GGGGAGGGGCUGUGUGGGGGGAGGGCUCAUUGGGUGGGAAUGAGGUCAUCGGUGUCUGGAGUUCCUAUUGGUUGUCACCGCCGUCAGUCAGUCACUGGGCGGUUGUGACCGGAAGAGGAAAGAGACACAAACAGAGAGACACUGAGGGACACACAGACUGUGACACUGACUGACAGAGUACAGCAACAACACCACCACAACACCAUAAGGUUAGACACAGAGAGACGGAGACGUUGAGGACAGUGGAGAGACAGUGACGGAGAAGCGGAGGUGCAAUGAGUUGCGCCGUUUCUGAUGAAGACAAUACCUCAGACAAAUGCUCAGAAGGAGAGUUCGUGGUCUCGGAGCAGAAGUCGCCGUCGCGGUGCAGUGGCCUCAGGAUGCAGUGGGGCUUCAGUGGAGGGGAUCACAGCGACGCGCUCAGUUACUUGCACUUCAUGUGGCAGAAACACGACGGCUGCGGCUCGCGGAGGGACGAGCUGACCGGCAAAAUGGGCGUCAGCCGUCUGAAACGCCACGUGAAGCUUCACCGCAGGGUUUGUCCGUUGGGCAAAGAGGUUCACGUUCAGAAGCGUUUACGCGAAGCUGCCAAUGCGAACGAGGUGGACAUCGUAACACAGAUCCUGGAAGACGGCAUCGAUCCCUGUGCUGCGGACGACAAGGGCAGAACCGCACUUCAUUUUGCUUCCUGCAACGGAAACGAUUCAAUCGUGCAACUGUUACUGGAUCACGGAGCUGACCCCAACCAGCGGGAUGGCCUGGGAAACACACCUCUCCACCUUGCUGCCUGUACCAACCACGUGUCUGUGAUCACCAGGCUGUUAAGGGGAGGGGCCCGAGUGGAUGCCCUGGACCGAGCCGGCAGGACCCCACUCCACCUGGCCAAGUCUAAGCUGAACAUCUUACAGGAAGGACAUUCCCGCAGCCUGGAAGCCCUGAGGGCAGAGGUCAAACAGAUAAUCCAGAUGCUCCGUGAGUACCUGGACAGACUGGGGCAGCACCAGGAGACUGAACAACUGGACGACCUGUGCACCAAGCUUCAGAUGACCAGCACAAAAGAGCAGGUGGACGAAGUGGCUGAUCUGCUGUCGAGCUUCACCAGCUUCAGCCUACAGAUGCAUGAACUCGGGAAGAGGUAGCCGGUGCCCGGCAGAGCCUCGGCAGCCACUGACUGAAGCGGAUGUGAACAGACUGUAUUGUGAAAACGCUGAAGAAAUGAUUGUCUCUGUGAUUCUGAUGGACGUUUGUCUCUUUGUCAAUCUUCGGGGCGAAGGAGGAGGAAUAUCAGAAUUAUUAUUUUUUAAUGAAAUUCAGCCACAGGCUGAUAAACACGUGACCUGUUCAUUUCAUUAAUGCUAUAAUGUGUAACAGCCUUAAUUUAACCCAGAGCCUUUGUGGCCACAACCGCAGGACCGUUCUUAAAGCCGCCUUUCCAUUUGCCUUCACUAGUUUCCAUUGGUUAUUUUAAAAAUUAAAAUAUUAAAGUGUUCAGAUUGUAAAAUUGUGGCUUGUAUUUGUGGUUUCAGAACUGACGGCUUUCUGUCCAACCCACGUGCUUUCUGAUUGUCCGUGUCGCAUGCACUUGCCAUUGUAAUCUUUGCUCAGAUGAAUGUAUAUCUUGUCGUGGAAUGGUGACGGUUUUCUGUGUAAAGUACCAAAGUAUAAUAAAUAAAAUACAAAUGA